AUGGCUCGAACUGAGCACCAGAUCCGCUUUACGCGGUUGAUUUUUGAUGGAGACCUCGGUGAAACAUUUCUACACCUCGACGAUCUUUUGCGAGAGCCGGAAAAUGGGUUUUUCUUGAUGAUAGAAUGUCUACAUGCUUGGGCGGAUGCCAUCGGAAACCCGGAAAAACGCCUGAUGGCCCCAUUAAUCGAAGCGCUUCUCGACUCGGACACCGAAGAAGCCUCCAUUAUUGGCCUCCGCCUUUUCAACAAUAUGCUCCGCGGUGCCCCAUCAGAAACGAAACGUCUCCAGCUGGAGGAGGAGCUACGUGAACUCCACUUCGAGUCCCACCUCAGCCAGAUACGCCUAAAAUACGCAGCUGUGCCAGCUGUCGUGGCGGAAGUUGAGGAAUUCUACACGAUACGAAGGGAGCAAGAGUGCGUCAGACCACCCAGGCAACUGACCCCCAGACCACCCAUGCAGUCCUCGGCCGUAGGUAACCGCACAGGAGCCUCUCCGCCUCUUUCCAGCCCCAUUCCCCCAGCUGAUGAGAAGGAAAAUAACAUUGAGGAUGAGCAAAAUGAUGUCUUGGACUCGCUUAAAACGGCUCUUGGGACUGAUGGAGAAACGUUGAGGUUGCGGAAGCGGUUAUUGGAAAAAUUGGCUGAAGUUCUUUCGGAUGUCCACUGUGUCAGCGAUAUCGAGCCAGUCCUUAUGAAAUACCGACGGAUGAUGGAAAAAGAGGCCCCGAAGAAAGCCGAAGCCCCAAAGGCCUUCAAACCACCCAAGAAAUCGGAAAUGAAAAUGAUGAAGAUGCAGUGGACAAAAAUUGAGCCUCAUGACGUCAAAACCGCCGAGGAUACCUUAUGGAGUCGGCUUGUCAAUGAGGGAAAUCCAUUGGCAGCACAGGUCGCACUGGAUUAUUCACAACUGGAUGAACUGUUUUCACAGCAGAACAAAGUCGUCAAGAAGGCGGAAAGGACGACUCUGGCUUCCAAGAAAACGGAUGAGGUGGUUCUUCUGGAUACGAAGCGCUUUAUGAACGUGUCGAUUUUCAUAAAAAAGCUCGGGGACGUCCAAGAGCUUAUAGCUGAUAUUCGGGAAUGUAGAGGAACUACAAAACUUGAUUCACUACAGCUUUUGCUGACAACGGCCAUGCCGACUCUAGAAGAGGUGGAGCUCAUCCGCACCUAUUCCGGCGACUCCUCAAAGCUAGCGCCCCCAGAAUCGUUCUUCCUUCACCUCGUGGCCAUUCCGGACUAUUCGUUAAGAAUCAAGCUUCUGAAGUUUAGAAUGGAUUUCUACGCUUCGAUGGAAAAGCUGACGCCGCAAGUGAAGCUGCUAUGUGAAGCCUGCAAUCAAAUUCUGACGUCAACUGCGCUCUUGAGAGUUUUUGUUUUGAUUUGCAAGAUAGGAAAUUAUCUGAACGAUGGUUCGGCAUCUGGAGAUGCAGCGGGGUUCAAAUUAAAUUCGUUAUGGAAAGUGAUAGAGCUAAAGGCAAAUACUGGGCAAGAUACGCUACUACAUUUUAUUACAAAGAAUGAUGCCACCUGCGUUGAUGAAUUAAAGGAACAGCUCAGUUGCAUAAAAGAUGCUGCUAAAAUCCCAUCUCCAAAUGAAAUCGAGACCGAGUUCAAUGAAUUGGACAAACAAAGGGCACAGCUAGAGAAAGAGCUAGCGACAAAACAUGAUACCGUACUCCUCAUUAAUUUGGAGUACAUCCAGGAAGAGUGCAAAACCGAGAUGGCGCAACUGCAGCGAUUGAUAGCCUCACUCACCGAAUUCCGCCCCAAAAUGGCGCAGUUCUUUAUGGAACGCCCGAACGAGUUUAAGAUCGAAGAAUGCGUGCGGAUGUUCAAUAACUUCUUAGUUCGUUUGGAAAAAGCGCAUCAGGAUAACGUGCAACGCGAGGACGCCGCUCGAAAACGAGAGCAAAAGGCGAAAUUUGUCGCUGAGAGCCCGAUACCAUCUCGGCGCGGGUCAUUCUUCCCGGGCAUGGAAAAUCAGGUGCCGGAUGAUUUGGCGUCGCUUUUGAAUAAGACGGAAGUGCUGCCCGGGAGACGAAAUUCUGUACUUCCAAUGUCGAGAAGAGGUUCAGAAGAAGGAUGUGCUCCGGUUGGAAACAUGCGCCGUUUCUCGGUUGUUGACCGAAUCCGGGAACGCCGGGAAAGGGAGGAGAAGGAGCAACAGGAACAGGAGCGAAAGCGGAAUGAGGGACUAAACGUCAAGGUUAUUGCUGAAGAUGAUACCGAAACUGUCAGCUCUUCCGAUUCGUCCCCGCGAAGUGGCGAUGGUCACGGAUAUUUUGGGAGUGAGGCCAAACAACAAAAAGAUACUGUCAGCACGGCGGCGGUAAGGACCAAUGGGCAGAAGAUGGCUUUUACCCCUAUCGCGGCCAGCCCCUCACCUAUCGCUUGCCAGACGUCAAUGUCCGAUAUCUCUGUUGAUUCCGCUUUUGGAAGCAAAUCUCACCUACCUACCACCACUCCAGAGGGUAAAGAAUGGAAGGCUCCAGAUCUUUCAGUCCUUUUCGAUUCUCCGCAAAAGGUCGAAAAAACCAUCCCACCAGAGACAACAACAACUCCGUUCCGAGGUGAAGUCAAGAUUACCACAAAACCACCUGAGAAACCGAAACCAACCGGCCUGCCACCAUCACCUACCAGGCCGGCUAAAACCGAGCCAGAGACUCUUGUUCCAACAGCCACUCCAGCCACUAAGAAAACCCCGCCAAACCUGCGAAUUUGGAAGCGGACUGUUACGGAAUCGGUGUUCACAAAACCAGGCCCAGCAGCGGCGCUAGAGAAAAAGAAGGAAACUACCCCGACGAGCCCAGCCAAGAAAUCUCCGCCGCCCGUGGCUACACCAGUUAGGAGACCUCCUGCCCUCAAGAAAAUGGAACCGAUAUCAAGGCCUUCUAUCUCAAAAACCCCCUCUCUGCCACCAACGCCAACAAGGAAGACCCCGUCUUCAAUCACCUCAACUUCUUCUGUCGAGAAGAAGCCAACAGUGUCGAUUAAGACGGUUUCAAGAACCCCACUCACACCUCCAGCUUCCAAACCUCGAAUCCAGCGCCUAAAUACCUCCGGCGCACUCCUGAAUAAGACCCCGGCCACCCCGACUCGAACACUACAGCCAAGAAGACAAACCGCUCCAGUACAACCGAUUUCCAUAGUUCCAGAGUUGAGCACAUCGGCGAGACCGUCGCUGAUCCAAAGGCCGGUCCCUCGCUCUCCACACCUAAAAGUCGCAGCCCUGGAAAAAUGGGAGAAGCCGAAACCCCUGCGGGCCACUGGGUUAAGCAAUAAUACGGUAUCAAACGAUUCUACGGAAAAGAAAACGCUACGACCUAUGCGGCCUACGAUGAGUGCCGAUGCCGGAAGUGCUACUAGAACGUUGUCAAGAGCUCCUAUCACCCCUCGUACAACCCCAACUCCAAAGCUCGCUUCCAACAAAUCAAAUGAACAUGCCCCUCGACCAAUUUCCGUAACUUCGAGAGCUGUCCUCCAGAAGAAGCCAUCAUCCCCGGAAAUAACCCCACCCCCAAGCACUACAGUUACCCCAGGAAUGUCCUCCACCGCCAAGAAUCGCCUCAAAAGCUUAGCCGAACGAAGAGCUUUUAUU